AGUGGGAGGGGUCUGGGCACUUCCGAGGUCCCGGGCGGGAGAUGGUACCUCCUAGUGGCGCCCCCGCGUGACUGCGCUUUACAUAAUCGAGGCCGCGCGCGUCAUAAGUGGCGUACUCCAGUCCAGACCGAAUCAGAGUUGUCAUAAGCCCUGUGUUCCGCCCCUUCGUGCUUGAUGGACGUCGACAUGAACCAGUGAACGGGCGACCAACGCCGCCACGCCCGCCUUGAUCCGCCCGCACUCGCCGGCCAGCCCGCCUGCCGCAGCCCGCAGCCUGCUGCCGCCGCCGCCGCCAGCUUGUCUCUCAGACUGUCAGAUAAAGCGGCGGGCCGGGCCGGCUGGCCGGUGAGCACGGCCCGGGCCGGACAUGGCGGCGCUCUACGCCUGCACCAAGUGCCACCAGCGCUUCCCCUUCGAGGCGCUGUCUCAGGGGCAGCAGCUGUGCAAGGAAUGUCGGAUUGCACACCCUGUUGUGAAGUGCACCUACUGUAGAACUGAGUACCAGCAGGAGAGUAAAACCAAUACAAUAUGCAAGAAAUGUGCUCAGAAUGUGCAGUUAUAUGGAACGCCCAAACCUUGUCAGUACUGCAACAUAAUUGCAGCGUUUAUUGGCAACAAAUGCCAGCGCUGCACGAAUUCAGAGAAGAAAUAUGGACCACCAUAUUCGUGUGAACAGUGUAAGCAGCAGUGCGCAUUUGACAGGAAAGAUGACAGAAAGAAGGUAGAUGGGAAAUUGCUGUGCUGGCUUUGUACACUUUCGUACAAACGAGUCCUCCAGAAGACCAAAGAGCAGAGGAAACAUCUGAGCAGCUCUUCCCGUGCCAGCCAUCAGGAGAAGGAACAGUAUAGUCGACUGAGUGGUGGCAGCCAUUAUAACAGCCAGAAAACACUUUCUACAUCUUCAAUUCAAAAUGAAAUCCCAAAGAAAAAAUCCAAGUUUGAGUCAAUUACAACCAAUGGAGACAGCUUUUCCCCAGACCUGGCUCUGGACUCACCAGGCACUGACCACUUUGUCAUCAUUGCCCAACUGAAGGAAGAAGUGGCCACUCUGAAGAAGAUGCUGCAUCAAAAGGAUCAAAUGAUUUUAGAGAAAGAGAAGAAGAUCACAGAGUUGAAGGCUGAUUUCCAAUACCAAGAAUCUCAGAUGAGAGCCAAAAUGAACCAGAUGGAGAAAACCCACAAAGAAGUCACAGAGCAAUUGCAGGCCAAAAACCGAGAGCUCCUGAAGCAGGCAGCUGCCUUGUCCAAGAGCAAGAAGUCUGAGAAGUCAGGAGCUAUAACCUCUCCAUGAGAGAUCAUAAGGAGGCUCCCAGCCAACAGCAGCGGGAUUCCUGGGUUAGGCUUGGUGACCGGGCUAUUCUCUGGGAAUUGCAAGCUUUCUUAAGAAAUCUCUAUUUUAUUACAGUUGCCCUUCUUUGUGGGAUUGCAGUGGGCUGAAUGGAAACAUCUGGUUAGUGCUGUGUCUUGACUGCAUGCUUGGAUGUUUGGGGUUCCAAGCUCUCUGUCUCGUGGUCUCACUCCUCUUCCCCCCCACCCCCAACCCCCAGUCCUACUCUCUGUCUCUUUGUCUCUCCCUUUUGGUACUAUUCUUUGUGUGUGUGUGGUGGUCACUGCUCAGUGUUACGUGCAGAAUGAUUUUUUGUUUGUUUGUUUUGUCCAUCAUUGCAUCCUGCCAUACCCAUGAGCAAAUAGUUUGGCAUUAAUUACAUAUCACUGCCACCCUCUGAACUUUCAAAACUGCCACCUUAAGACUUGGUAAAUGGAAGAGGCUUUCUCUCUCCAAUAAACCUUUUGCUUCAGGGUAUAUUCUUGGGUUUUUUUCCAGGUAUAUUAUGUAUGAACUUUGUACUAUGUAUAGCCAGAGUUUUAUUUAUUUUUUAAAAAAAGAAACUUUUUCUUGAUAAAGGAAUAAUGGUAGCCUAGCUUGUUCUUCUUGUAAAAGUGAUGCCUCUUAAAAAAAAAAAAAAGUUCUACUCUCUACCUUUUCGUAAAGGAAUAAGACCUUUUCUUGUUACCUUGGAGUCUUAAAAACUGAUUGCUGAGGUGAAACAACUCAAUGCAGAAGUAUGGAGUUAAGUGCCUUUUGGAGGAUUUCUUGGAAGAGCAUUUAAGAAGAGGAUACUUAAGGGAGAUAGCAAAGAUUUGAACAGUCUGUCUUUUUAAGUAAGGGCAGAAAGAAAGGUUGUCCAGGUUUUACUGGACAUUUCCCUCCCCUAUCCCUUUCUUGAUUGUUUUAUGUGACUGAUUUUAAAUUCUCACACUGCCACUUCUUUAGAAAAAAAAAAAAAAAAAAGCACCCUUCUAUCAGUUGUUAUAUUGGGCCAUUGUCAGAGAACUUUUUUUUUUUUAAAUGAGCAGAUUCAAAAUA